UUUUUUUUUUUUUUUUCUGUCCCUUAUUUCCCCUUUUGAGUGGGAGUAUUGAAUACUCUACCUACCUACUUCGUACACCCUCAAUUCCCCGCCGCCUACAUCUGGCACAGAAUCACCCCACCAGUGACAUGUGUGGCUCCUAAGGUCUAGGUGGGAGAAGAGUCUGGGGAUUCGGCCGGUAACGCGAAGCAGAACAGGGAAUAUAGGCCGCUCGACCCAUACUUCUUUUUUGCGGCUCUGCUGGUUUGAAAUAAGAAGCAGAGGAUAAAGCCAUCAUGUGCGCAUUGGUUGUCUGGUGCUUCUAGGCCAGUGGAGCUCGCUUCUCACUAUACUCAUUCGAUGAGCCACUUCACCGUCAUGUCAGGGGCUACAGCAUGUAUCAUCACAAUUGGCAAUUUUGGUAUCAGCCUCAGCCAUUACCACCAGUACUCGUACAACCUCACCCACCUCUACAGCCACUAAUACCAGUAUUCCCGCCGCCACAACCACCGCAGCCGUUGCUAAUACCAAUAGCGCCACCGCCGCCUCAGCGGCUUCCCUUACCUCCUCCUCCUCCACCUCCACGUCCCGCUCCACUACCUCCUCAAUCCGUCAUGGGUGACUAUAUCGUCACCAAAGCCAGCCCGGUGCACCUCCUUGGAGGGUGUAACCGCGAAGCGCAGCGGGCUCAUCUCUUGGCGGACAUGCUCGAAUCGCUCCGCCAAGCCGUCCCGGAAUCUCUGCAUACCCAUAUGGCAGCCGUGGGGAUCGAGUUGCGCCAAACCUGCCGUCUGCUACGGGAGCUGACUGAAAGAUCACACGUCCAUCAGAGGCGGGUCCCAGUGGCUCUUGACUACGUCCAGGUUCUGCUCCCUUGCCUCAUGCGGACCCUGGCGGACAUGUGGCAGUAUAUUGAGGACAAGGCGAUGUCGAGGGAGAUGCGCUGGCGCAAGAUGUACAGCGACUUGACCAAGGAAGGUGACAUGCCGUUGCACCAGCGCUUCUUGACAUUUAAUAGCUUUCUACACCUUUUGAACCAAAUGGUUGCAGGCACACCGUUUUUUGAUUUACAUGCCUUGAAUCGGUUUCAAGAGAAGAUCCUAAGCCUCCGAGUUAAAAUGGGUAUUAAACAACUUCCAGCUCGCAUCGGUCCCCCUCCUGAGCAGGCUCUCGUACAAAUCUCUGUUCGUGGACAGACGACAAAUCACUGGGCCACACAGGUAUACAAGCAGUCUCUUGCAUCACGCACCCCCUUGGAAGGGAAAAAGCGCGAAUCUGUUGUACAUACCAGAUCCACUCACGCAAGCGAGCUUUCUUUUCCUCCGGGUACCGAGCUCUUGUUUAGAAGGGUGUUUGACAACGAAAAUGUCUCCAUGUCCUUCUAUCUCAUGCCGACCUACAACCCCGCGAAGCCGACCAAGAGAGCCCCUUUCAUCGUCGGCUGCCAUUACCGCGACGGCUGCCCCAAGAGCUCAAGGCAAGGGGUCCAUGAGCUGUGCAUCAAGAGAUCCGGUGGUCGAGGUCUGAUACUCACCGGUUGGGAUGACAGGAAAAAUCGGCCGCAGCCAUGGGCGGCGCUUGCUUUCAACACAUGGGAAGAGCUGGUACUAUUUUACUGCUCUUUCCUUUCACUGAAAGUCUCCAGCCCACUCAUGAUGAGCCUCCAGCCUGAUGAGUGGAAUCUUGAUGGCGAGCAUCGGAUGUUUCAAGCUAUGAUAAUCGAGGACGGAGUUGAACACUCCCUCCAAGUGCUUGAAGAUAUGAAUUGUGGAGGCCUGCGGCUCCUUAGUGAAAUCUCAAAUGGCGACCAGCAAUACCGACCCGUCUGGACUGCGUUUGUAACGCAUCAAUGCCAGUCUCCUUCGUGGUUGGAUAUCGUCAGCCAGAACGUCGUCUGGCUUAGAGAAGUACAACUAUACGUCUUUUCAACACGGUAUCGCGAGGAGAACAUGCGUCGGAACAAAUACGGCGCUUUUGAAAUCCACUUCAAACAGCCUGUUGCCGCCUCGAGGUUUGCGCGCUGCCUCCUCCCUCCGCCGCCACCUCCUGCGUCGGUCAUGCAUCCUGAAGAAAUCGACGAAAGGAGUGAAUCACGAGCGGCUCCUUCGGUCGACUCGACACGCAGCGAGUCUCUUCCGUCCCUACAUGGUCCUCCUUGAGAGAUAUGGUUGUUGGGGACAUGGGCGACGUUCUACGGAGUGUUUGCCCCGAGAGCACAACAAAACCAAAGGCCAAUCUACACUUUUCCUUGGACGUCUUUGCUAUAGUUUGAGAACAUCUCCUUUCAUUUUCUCUGGUUUGUUGAAUUUUUUUUUUGACUUGAGGAGUUUGAUGACCCUAACAAAAGCAAAAGAUACCCGGCUGGCUUUACCCAUCGGUGGACCUCUUACUCUGAAGCCCCUUUCCGUUCGCAGUUGCAUCUUCACGCCAUGGAAAGGAAAUUCUCCUUUUCAGCCCAGCAUUCUGUUCCAGUCAUAAAGUUUCUUUGGGGAGGAUGCAGUGAGACUGAGCUCUACCUUUUUGUACAUGAGAAAUGCCUUGAUGAUAUCAUGAGGAAAUGACAGAU